AUGUUGGCAAAUCUCUGGGAUGUGAUUGUGGUGGGCGGUGGCCUCGCAGGGAGUGUCAUCUCGUCCAGGUUGUUGCAGAACAAUACGUCACUCAAGAUCCUCUUGAUUGAGGCGGGCGAGGACGUGUCGACGAACACUAUCAUUCCGUAUGCAGACAAUCAGGCCCUUCUGGUGCCGUCGCCAUGGAGUUGGAAUGAUACUACGGUCCCGCAGACGGGGCUGGACAAUAGGGUUAUACCUAACCCAGCUGGAAAGGGUCUUGGUGGAGGCACGAUUAUCAACUCAUGUGGAUGGAUCCGUGGUAACGAGAAUGACUUCGAUCUGUGGGCCAGUACUGUGGGCGACUCGAAAUGGAGCUACAAUGGCCAACUGCCUUACUUCCGCAAGGUGGAACAUACAUGGAACGCCUCCGCAAACCCUGAAGAACACGGCUUCGUAGGACCCAUGUGGUUCGCCUCUGUCUCUUCAACUGGUCGCAACUAUCCUCUUCGCAACACCAUCAAGUCUGCCUGGGCGGAAGCCGGUCUGCUACCUCCCGCUGAUGGAGAUGCCAACGACGGCACGCCGCUGGGACUUGGGGAGCUCAACGAGAACCGCAAGAAUGGUCUCCGUGAACUCGCCUCCUCCGCCUACCCCCUCGCCGGUGUCACUGUUCUUACCAACACGCUCGUCGGCAAAAUCCUGAUCUCUCAGGUCGCCGGAUCUCUCUUCGCUACGGGGGUGAAGCUUGCAAAUGGAACCGAGUUCUACGCAAAAAAACAGGUCAUCCUGUCUGCUGGCGCCUACCGCACGCCCCAACUCCUCAAGCUCUCCGGCGUCGGUCCUACCGCUGAAUUGAACGAGUUCGGCAUCAAGCAACUCGUCAAUGCGCCCGCUGUUGGCACUGGGCUAGCAGACCACAUGCUCCUAACGCUGUACUGGAAGCUCCGCCCUGAGGUUGCCGCGCAAGGUGUUGCUCUCGGAAGCACCAACCCUCUCUUCGCGGAGCCUCAGUUCGGAGACGGAGUGCCGGCUGACUGGGUCGCGACUGAGUCUCUACCCACUGAUCAACUGAUAGCCGCCAUCACGAAAGACGAGGGCAAGGUGCCUUCGUCUUCCCACCCCUUGUUAGCGACCAAGCGUUCGUUCAUGGAAACCCUCAUCAUCUAUGCUGGCGCCAGCGCUGCGGAUCCGGUUAUUCAGUACAACGGCUCUCAUAUCAUCAGCACCAUGGUUGGUCUGUUGCCGACUUCGAGGGGCACGGUCAAGCUUGCGUCGACCAACCCAGCCGACCAUCCCAUCAUCGAUCCUCAGUACUUCACAACCGAAGUUGACAAGCUGAACUUCCGACACGGGAUCCAGAGGGUUGCGCAGUUGUUUCUUGGAACGCCGACUGGUAAUGCCACUAUCGAAGGAGAGACGCCGGCGGAUGGGUUUGCGCCGAUUACGCUAUCGUCGGAUGACGAUUACUUGAAUGCGAGGGCUAGACACAGUUCCGAAAACUCAUAUCACCCCAUGGGCACUGCGGCCAUGGGCAAAGUCGUCGACAAUAACCUCAACGUCAUCGGAGUCAAGAACCUGAAGAUCGCAGAUACGAGCGUGUUUCCAGUGGUCAUCACUGCGCAUUUGCAGCAGGCGACGUACGCGAUGGCGGAGCAGGCCGCGGUGAUAAUUGCGGCGGCGUGCAAGAACUAAAUAAUUCUAUGUAAAGAGGUAGUAACAAUUACUUUCUGAAAUUUUUUAAACUGGCUGGAGGGUGUAUAUAGCCUUCUCUAAUGGCAUUAAUACGGU